AUGUCCAAAGCGAACCGCAUCAACCCAAACGUUAAGCGUGCGAAGACCGAGGAAUGGUUUCCCAAAUCCCCUGACGGCGCAUACACCGGCGAGAAAGUUCCCUUCCAUCCUCGCCGUCGGAACCCACUGUCACCGACAACUAUCGUCCUAUUACUUUUACUGGUGCUUGCGGUUGGAGUCCUUGUCUGGAAACACGAACAGGCUGUCGCAGUCGCCGCAGAGAAUUACCAGAAAAUUACGGGCCAGGAUUUGAAAGAUACGGAUCUAUACAAGGUCAUUGAGAAGGCGCAGAAAAUGAAGUGGAAGAGGUCGGAGCUUUGA